AAGAGAAAAGGUAAAAGGGUAGUGAAAAUUAUGGGGGUUAAAGGUGGGGGAGACGUGCAUGUGUAUAAUAAUAACAAUGUCUUGUGGCUUAAUCGAGUAAUUGAAAAAAUGGGUGGCAUCUUUGGCUUCAGAGAUUCUGUUCCCUUUGGUUGCGUUCACACUCUGAAGAUCCCUCCCCAAGUGCCGUGUUCACACUUCACUUCACUCGGCUUCCUCCUAGCUCGGCUCCAUCCAGAUUUCUAAAAUUACUAAUUUGAUUUAAUUUGUGUAUAAAUAACGCCUCUAUAAAUUAAAUUAUCAAAUUUCAUAUGUUUUAGUGUUAUGGUAGAUAUCUUAUAAAGUUAUAAUCAAUCGUAGUUUAUUGUUAACGAACAUGUUAUAAAUUUACAUGUUAAUAGAUUUUUGUUUUAUUAAAAUAUUCUUAAACAAAAAACACAAACCCAAUUUUAAAAAUAUAAAUAAUUAGGGACAAAAAUUAAGUUUGGGUAGUCAAUGCAUUAGAUGAGUUACAUUAUUCUGUAUAUUUUGGUAUAUCUAGUUACAUAUUUUACAUGCAAAAGAAAAUCUGAUAAAUGAAAUUUUGUUCAUAUACAAAUAGGUUUCCUUCAAAUAAUGAAAAAAUACGGGAGUUUUGACAAUGGAAAUGGACUAUUGGAUCUUGUCAUUUUAUAUUCAUGCUUUACAUGUUUCUCUUUAGCCAUGUGCAGUACAAACUUCCGUUUUUAUUUCUGUUUCCGUUAGACGUCACGUUAGGUAUAUAAUACAAUUAUCACACUUGUUCUAUUAUUCCCAUUUUCAUGGGCUUUGCAUCUUCACCGACACACUAGAAAAUAAAAAAAAUAUAGAUCAACAAAAAUAUCCAAGCCGACCGACGAGCCGAGAAAAGACACAUGGAACGUGGAAGGGUGGACGAAGCGCCAAUAGUGAAAAAAUGACAAAAGCUGAUCAUGUUGAGUUCAACAAACACAUGUCCACGUAGGACGAAAGUCAUAUAAAAGCAGACGUGGCAAAUAGUAUAUGUUCUUGUUGCAUUUGAUCUAAUCUUUUUCUUCUUUUUAUAUUAUUUUAAUAUCCCACUACCUUUCUACCUACGUCUUAUAUAAAUCAUCUCUGAACCACACCUGACACUUGCCUCUAAAGACAAGAAAAAGGAAAGAAUGGGGAACUGUCUAAGGCAUGAGUCAGAAAUGCACUGGGCUGGUGAAGAUUGGGAUGAUUUCAUCACACAAGAUGAAAAAGAAGAUUAUCAUCAUCAUAGCUCCAAGAAGACCUCCACCAAAGCUAGUAAAACAGUAACUGUUAAACGAGAAAGUAAAUCAUGUGAUCCAUCUCACCAUGAGAUCAAGAUCAGGCUCACGAGGAAGCAACUCCAAGAUUUACUUAAUAAAGUCAACGUCCAUGACUUAACCAGUUCUGCAGCGUCACAUAUUGAUCGUAAAACUGAAGAAGGCAACCAGCCCCGGUUAUGGAAACCGAUUUUGCAGAGCAUACCAGAGGUUGACUGAGAGUUUCUAAUAGAUGAGACCAUGUUGUAUAUUCUUUAGGGGUAGGAAUAGGAUGUUGAUGUAAAUUUUGAGUUUUUGUUUUUGUUUGUAAAUAAUUUAUAAACAUAGACCUUCUUGACCGGUGGUAAUAGUACGGGUGGGCACUUCGGUUAUUUUAUCGGUUCGAGUUCGGUUCGGUUUGGUUAGUUCGGUUUUAGUAUUUUUCCAAUUGAAAUAAACCAUAGUUAGUUUGGUUC